AUUGAGUCGGUCCAGAUGAGUGUAACUUACCUUUUUCUACUCAAUAUUCAUCUAUCUACAUCUGUCAUGGUGCAUCACUCUGAUUUAUAUAUCUUUAACUUUUUAUUGAGGUAAAAUAGACAUUAAAGAUGGUUCAACUUGGUGACUGGAAGGUUUGGUGUGGAACACUCCUCUUGUCUGUUGUAAUAUACCUCCUGCACUAUAUUCUGUUUGUUCCCACUCACACAAUCAUGUCUAAACUUUGGGCUGGACUCCUUGCUCCAGUCUGUGGAGUUUCAGCAAUAGUGUGCUUUGAUGUGGCACGACGGAAGACAUCAACAUUCCAUACAUACCGCAGCAAACUUGACCAUUAUGUUGCCAUAGCAAGCUUAUCGUGGGUGGGCUAUUUUGCUAGAAGAAAGAUGGAUAAAUCUUGUAAAGAUGUAGUUGCAACACAAAACAAACUCCUUUUAGAUCGUCUGAAAGAGAAUUUGGAGACCCAAUAUGGUAAGGAGUACAGGUUUUCUGAAAUAAAAAGCAGAGAGGAUUAUGUUAAGCAGCUGCCACUGACCUACAUUUCCCAUUAUGAGCCCUAUAUCCAACAGAUGAUGAUUGGUGAAGAAAAAAUACUGACUGCUCGACAACCAGUCAUAUUUGCUGUUACCUCAGGAACUUCGGGAAAAUCCAGCAUUCUUCCAAUGACAGGAAGGCAGAGAUUUCUUUUCUUUAUUCAGGGGAUCUCAGUUGCCUAUCAUAGUCUUCUAAAAGAUUUUGCAGAGAGCAACAAUCUUCUGAAAACUUUGAAAUUUUUCUAUACACCUCGAUGGAGGAAAUCAGAGAGUGGCAUUCUUGUGGGCCCAAAUUCUUCAUCACCUUCUAAUUCCAAACAUCUGCUGAAUAUUUACACCACUCCUAAAGCCGGCUUUGAAAUUCUUAGUGAACCUCAGGCAUUAUAUAUACAUUUGUUGUUUGGACUAAGGGAUAAAAGUUUGGGUAUGUUAGAGGCCAAUUUUUCCUCUAUAGUUCUGUCCUCCUUCGAUGCUCUUUACCAGAACUGGUCUGACAUUGCUGAUGAUAUUGAGAGAGGUGAAGUGAAUCUUAAACUUAACAUUAACGAAUCAGUCAGAAAGGAACUAAACAAUGAUUUAACACCAGACCCACAAAGAGCUAAAGAAAUACGAGAUAUAAUGAAGUCAGGGAGCAAGAUGGGAAUUGGUCAAUUAUUGUGGCCUGAAUGUAAUCUCAUCUUAGCAGCAGACUCGGGUAGUUUUGACCUUCCUGCAAAGAUAUUGAGAGAGACCUAUUGUAAAGGGAUACCCAUCUACUCCCCCUUAUAUGCAGCCUCGGAGGGACUCCUGGGAGUGAACAUCUGGCCAAAGGAACACCCCAGUCAUUACGUACUAGCUGUGAAUUCCAUGUUCUUUGAGUUUAUUCCGAUGGAUCAUUCCAGUGAGGACCAACCCAAGACCGUCUUCAUAGAUCAGGUAGAGAAAGGAGAAGAGUAUGAACUCGUUAUUACCAAUGCUGGUGGCCUUUAUAGAUACAGAUUUGGUGACAUUGUGAAAGUUAUUGACUUCUACCAUCAAUGUCCUGUAAUUGAAUUUAAACACAGAAAGGGGCAGUUUUUGAAUGUAAGAGGUGAGAAGACGUCAGAGUCCCUAUUUUACCAAGCACUGACUGAAGUUGUGUCUACUUGGUUUCCACAGAAACUACUGAACUACUGCUGUGUGGAAAGUUUGUUGAUCGAUGAUAAAGGUGAUAGCUAUGCACCUUUCUAUCAUGUCUUCUUAGAACUUGGGGAUGAGACAAAACCUUUAACAGCAGAACAGACAGCGAUGAUUGACAAAGAGUUAUGUUCCAGAUCCUAUGUUUACGAGUCCUUCAGGAACAAAGGCAGUAUUCAACCAAUCAAAGUGUAUCAAGUUAAAUUAGGGACAUUCGAAGAACUGCGUAAAUUUACAAUCAACAACACACAAGCCUCAGCCAAUCAGUACAAAGUUCCCAGGGUCCUUAAAACUAAAGAGGCUGUCAAUAUUCUCCUGAAAAACAUUGUGAACAAUAAUUAGAAGAUAUGGGGCCCUAGGUAUAUCUGUCCAUCAGUCAGUCAAUCUGUGUUUGUGGUAUAUCUAGUAUCUGUACAUCAGUCAGUCAAUCUGUGUUUGUGGUAUAUCUAGUACAUUCCAGUACUUCAAAACCUACAGACUUUACCCUCUACUCCAGUACUUAACAACCUACAGAUUUUACAAUCUCCAGACUCUUUACAAUUUACAAGACUUUACAACUAACAGACUCCAGUACUGCACAACCUUCAGACUAAUCACUUGACAAUCCACUCUUUACAAUCUCCAGUACUUUGCAACCUGCAGACUUCAUCAAUAUAGAGAUGAAAUAUUGAUAAAAUGCUGACAUGUUUCAUACCAAUUGUUAGGCCUUUCUUGGCACAUUGAUUCCAACUAUGGAUUAUUCCGUCUACCUAUCAAGAUAUAGGGCUCAUGGCGGGUGUGUUUGGUCGACAGGGGAUGCUAACUCCUCCUAGGCACAUGAUCCCACCUCUGGUAUAUCCAGGGGUCCAUCUUUACCUAACUCUCUAUUUUGUAUUCCUUAUAGGAGUUACGAGAUUGACCACUCUUAGUUAUCUUCACCUUUUCAUACAUUCAUGACACAUGUUGAAGUCACAAGAUCUAAGUAACAAAGAUGUACAAUUAUUCUGGGAUUGUGUGACAAUCUACUGACUUUAUAUUUGAUGCAAAAGAUAGGUAAUGAUGAAAGAUACCUAUAUAUAUGUUGCAGUAACCAUGGCAGGGGUCACAAUUGUACUUGUUGUUGAUGACACUGUGUUAAUGCAUUUAUGAUUGGUAGUUGUGAAAUUUCAUUAAAGAGUAUGUUCACUCCUGUAA